GACUUUUAUCGAUUUGAAUCCGUGAGUUGGUUUUUGUCAGAGGGAGAAAGAAUUGCAUCUGCUCUUAGAAAACCGCCAAAAGUUUAUUUUGAAUUUUGUGUUAAAAAUGUCGGAUACGUUUGUGGAUGAAGUAACGAAGCAACUUUCAGACACCUCUAUCGAGAGUAGUGGUGUUAGUUUUGAAGGGAAAUCUUUAAAACUUGAUACGGAAGAUGAUGCAAGAGAGAUAAUACAAGCUAUUAGUUCCUGUCAGAACCUGCAUUACCUCAAUUUAGAAGGCAACACACUGGGUGUCGAUGCUGCCAAAGGUAUUGCUAAAGCUCUUGAAUCUCAUAGUGAGUUUAAAAGAGCAUUAUGGAAAGAUAUGUUCACUGGUCGAGUGAAAACUGAAAUUCCAAAGGCAUUGCAAUUUCUUGGCAGUGGCCUAGUUUUAUCUGGAGCACAACUCGUGGAGCUUGAUCUUAGUGACAAUGCUUUUGGACCAAUUGGUGUAGAAGGGCUUGCUGUGUUGUUGCGUAGCCAUUCAUGUCAUGCCCUUCAAAUACUCAAACUAAACAACAAUGGUCUUGGAAUUGGAGGAGGAAAGCUGCUAUCACGAGCCUUGCUUGAUUGCUAUAAUAAGAGCAGAGAAAGUGGGAGAGCCCUUGCUUUGAAAGUCUUUAUUGCUGGCAGAAAUAGACUUGAAAAUGAAGGCACAAAAGCUCUUUCAGAAGUAUUUAAGACUCUUGGAACGAUGGAAGAAGUAGCUAUGCCACAGAAUGGUAUAUACCAUGUAGGCAUCACAGCACUUAGUGAAGCCUUCAUACAGAACCCAAAUCUUCGCGUGUUGAACCUAAAUGACAACACACUUACGAUAAAAGGAGCUUUGGCUUUGGCUGCUGCAUUACCAAACUUGCAGAAACUGCAGGAGAUAAAUCUGGGUGAUUGUUUGUUGAAGACUAAAGGAGCAAUGUCAAUCGCUGCUGCAUUAGCUGAAGGACACGAGGAAUUGCAGAAGUUACAUCUUGGCUACAAUGAAAUAGGCCCAAGAGGUGGAUUAGAAUUGGCUAGAGCCAUGAGGAACAAAGAAAAAUUAAUUCUCCUGGAUCUAGAUGGAAAUAUGUUUGGGGAGACUGGCCGACAAGAAUUGCAGUCAGAGCUGAAGGACAGUGGAAGGUUGGGUACACUUGGCAGCCUCAAUGAGGAUGAAAAUGAAGAUGAAGGAGAAGAUGAGGAAGAUGAUGACGAUGAUGAUGGGGGGGAGGAGGAGGAGGAAGAAGAAGAAGAAGAAGAGGAAGAUGAAGAGGAUAUUGAAACUGUAGAAAGUGAAUCAGAAGAUAGGACAGUUAUGAAGGUAGACUUUGGAGAUUUGAAGAAAGCAAUACAGGAGAUCCAAGAUGUGAAAUUAAAUGACAACCAGGCUACAGGACACAAACCAGUUGAAGAUACACGUGUGGUAAGUGUCCCUGAAUUUCUUCAGCAUCCAACACAAGAGCACUUCUUACUUUUGGGAAAUAAUCGGCUUGAGCUUAUCAUGAAAGAAAUUAAGGACUGUAAUGAUGACUCAUAUUUGGAGAAGCUGGUUAUGACUUUAAUGAAGGUGUCAUCUUUGACUGCAAAUAGCUCAGAACAGACAAAGCAGGCAGCACUUUCAUGCAGUGACGCUCUGUAUCGGGAACUCUUCAAAUGGGCAGAGGAACAUGAGCAGUCUUCUAUAGCCAACAACAGUUUACUAGUCCAUUUGGGAUUAAUCAAGAGCGAAGACAAGAAAAUGAAAUUGGCAUGGAAUUUGGAUGGUUGUAUGGGUGCUCUAGAGCAAGCAAUUAAACAAGAUUAUUUUCCCCAAGGAACCCGGGAAACACUACAGCUCUUCUUGCGCAGACCAAACCUGAGCAUGGAUGCUUUUCCUGCAACUAAACAUAAACUGAUGAGUACAUUAUGUGAAUUUUAAGUUCAGGUUAUAGUUGCUGGAAUUUUAUACAAGGAUGUUUGUAUGUUUGUGUGAUUUGGCAUAUGCUUUUACAAAUUCAUUUUACCAAGAUGUAUACUGUAUGAAGAAUAUAUGACAAUGAAUACAAAUCUCAGAACUAUAU